AUGCCACCAGAUGUUGAUAACAAGGCCCUUGCUCGCCAAAAGAGACGACGCACGAGCAAGGAGGAUGAAGAUAUUCUCAAGUCUUAUUACCUGAAGAAUCCAAAGCCGGACAAGACGGCGCGCUUGGAAAUUGUUACAAAGGUCGCACUCGGUGAAAAAGAGGUUCAGAUCUGGUUUCAAAGUAAGUUGCUCUGCUCGCCGUCGCAUCGCUGGCGACUGACGUGUCAGCGCUUUUUGAGCGAAACCGUCGUUGUGUCGCAUAAACGCCAAAACGAACGCCGUCGUUCGCGCCCACUGGAACCAUCUUCUACCGCCUCGCUUAUGUCGUCGUCGUCGACAAUGUCCGACCCGCCUACCGAGGACGAGACGGUAGCUAUUGCGCGAAACAUCGACACAUUGCCAGAGCUGGAAGAGGAAGAGUGCCCCAAGUCGGACCCACCAGAGCAUCCCGCAACACCCGAACUCACAUCGGACGAGACCAUACCAGAACCGCGCACCGUUGAUACAACUGUGUCUGCCACUGCCGAACGCGAAAACGUAAACGAAGCCGUCGUAGAGCCCUCGACCGAAGUUCUAAAAUCGGAAACCGCCCCCACCGAACUCGCCAACUCACAACGUACUGCACCGUCUUCUCAGGGCGCCCCUCAGCCAAGAACAUCAUGGAUCUCCAAUCGUCGCAGCGCCUCGUUCGUUCGAUCGCUUGAAGACUACACGCCCGAAGUCAUUACCUUCCCCAACGCUCCUACUAAGCCAUUUGAAUCACCCGACCUCGCCACAAAGACUCCCUCGCGGUCACUGAAGCGUAAACACUCCUUUGUACGUUUGUCCACGACCGAGGAUGGCACUGCGCGCAUAGUCACCGACCUCGACAAGACACCUUCGCCACCCAAGUCGAGGAAAACUCCUGCUUCAUUCUCGCGUGCUGCAGCUGGUAUUAGACGGAGCUAUAGCACCGCUGGCUUGAAUGAUAGACUCGCAGCUGCCGGCCGAGGAGAGCCUAGCCCCAGGCUGCCAAGAACAGUAUCAAACAUUGGAAGGAGCAGGGAUUCGCGUGCAUGGGAAUUCUGGUGUGACCCCGAGAGCCGGUCGGCAACAAGCCUGACGACGCGUGCGGAACAAGAGGAGAGUGGCAGUGCAGCGGAUGCUAUUGGUAUUCUACGCGCCAACCGAAAUCGAAGGAUACUGGCUCAGAAUCAAGCUCGCCAAAACAGUAGCCCACUCAUGGCACGCCAUAGCUCUCACAAGGUGCAGGGAAGCCCGCUAGUCAAGAAAUCUCGCGGUCCCAUGCAACGCGCAUCCACCAUCAACGGUCGGCUCUCCAACAUCGACCACUCGGACUACAAGAAGGGUGGCGAGAGCACAGAGUCGGAUGACUUUCCUCAAACAGAGAGCGACAAGGAGAACUGGGAGCCCGGCGCGGACAAGUCAGUGUGUCGGGAUCGCCAGGUCGCUGCCACGCCUCCUGCUUCACGAGCAGCUCGUCAGAUACUGGGAGAGAACACUAAGCUCAUGUCAAAGUCUUCAAGCCUUGGUGCACUGUUAGUUAGAGAGAAGAGAGGGGGUGAUAAAGGCUUCGUCGACCCCGAGCAAGACGAUGAGCUAAGGCUGUUCAUGAACGGUGACGGCGCAAGCGGGCGGUCAAGCAUAAACUCGGCCGAAGAGGCGGGCCUGUUCUUGAUGAAUGUGUGGGAAAUACAAUGCUUGCCAUGUGAUAACAGCAGUCUAGUUCUAUGA